GGACGCGCCGGCUUGCGAACUGACUGGAGAAAAAGCAAUAUUGUCUGCUUUGUCUGAACCAGCCUUGCGCUAAAUUUCCUACCCACCGAGCCCUGUUCAAAGACCAUGCUGACUGGUGCCUGAGAGCACAUGAUGCGCCGCGGUUUUCCUCCAGUCAGCUGAAUCGAUCUCCCUCCUUUACUCCCCGAAAAACAACUACCUAGUUGCCCAUCAUUGCUUCAUCCGAGGGCUUUGCUAGCCCCGGCAUUUUUGCCUGCGAUUAUCUGUCGCCGUUUCGCCGACCUUUGUCCGGGUUGAUUCGAAGACCUGCCGUCCCGCCCUUGGGCAUCAAGCCGGUCACUAUGCCUCGAUCUCAAGACGCCGUUCCCGAGACGCCUCGGGUCAUUUCUCCUACCCCAACUUCACCGGAAGGAUCGCGUUCGCGGGAGGAUUAUUUCGGACCUACGACUCGUUCUGCUGCGCGAAGGCAGCGGCAGACCGGCGUACCCGAAAAGAAAGCAGACGAGAACGAUUCGACUUCGAAGCGCACGCGAACAAGGUCCCGUAAUUCAACACCGCCUAAUGGCACAGCGCGACAGCGGAAACCAACUCCGAUAACACCUGCGAAGAAGGGGGAGGUUGAGGCUAACGGCAAGACCAAUGACUACCUGUCGCCGCUCUCCAAAGUCCAACAAGGCUUGCACGACGUUUCUUCUCGAUCGCCUUCGCCUCUAGGAAUUAUCCCUCUACACUCUCGUUAUCGCAACUUCAUCCAUCGCCAUGAGAUUCCGCGCAAGCUUCUGCACGUGUCCAUUGGAUUCAUUACUCUUCAACUGUAUAGCCGGGGCGUACAAUCAUUACAGAUCACACCAUGGCUGUUCUCGGCUCUCGUGCCCAUUGCCGCCACCGACUUGAUUCGACAUCGCUCAGAAACCGUCAACAAAUUCUACAUCCGUUGCGUGGGCGCACUAAUGCGCGAGACAGAGGUGUCGGGCUACAACGGUGUGAUUUGGUACUUGCUGGGCGCAUACACAGUCCUGCGCUUCCUUCCCAAGGACGUUGGUGUCAUGAGCAUCCUCCUUCUCAGCUGGUGCGACACCGCCGCCUCCACCUUUGGCCGCCUGUACGGCCGGUACACCUUCCAACUCCGUAAAGGAAAGAGCUUCGCCGGAAGCCUGGCCGCUUGGUUCGUGGGUGUUGCCGCUGCCGCCGCCUUCUGGGGCUGGUUUGUCCCGUAUAUCGGAACUUUCCCCAAUGACCCCGAAGGCUCCGCCAUGUUCACUGGCAGUCUGAACCUUGUCCCGAAUUGUGUUAGGAACCUCCUUGGCUGGACUACCGAGUCGUCGAAGGCUGUCAUCACCGGUCCCCUGGCACUCGGAGCUAUGAGCUUUGUUUCCGGUAUUGUAGCUGCCGGUAGCGAAUUCGUGGAUAUCUUCGGCUGGGACGACAACAUCACGAUCCCCGUGCUGAGUGGAUUCGGUCUCUGGGGCUUCUUGAAGGUUUUCGGGUAGACCAGUCAUUUUCUUAAAGAAAAAAGAAAAAGAUCUACCAACGCUCUUUACUUCAUCAUAUCAUAGGGCUUUCUUUUGUCAUUGAUGGGAUUUUCAACAGUGAUCCCUUAUCCUAUCGCACGCACGAUACUACCCUCCUUCUCCCGCUUUUGAAUCAAGCGAAGCAAGCAUACGCAUUGAAUAACUGUUUCCAUAGCCUUCUUUUGACGGUUAGUGUAUUAUUUUAUUUGUCUUUAUCAGGGGUUGUUGCUUUUGUUGGUGGAUGGUGUUCUUUUUCUACCAGGUUGUCUUUUUGACAACCGACUUCGACUUCACUUCUUAUUGAUAUCCGAUUGCACGAGCGUGCGUUUUGCAUUUAUAUAUAUUUAGCUAGAUAUUUGAGAAUACAGAUUACAAAUUAUGGAAUAGCAGGAUGUGUUUCUUGGAG